AUGGAUCUUUUUGCAGUUAUACUUAUUAGUAUAACAAUAUUAACAAUUUGUGGAAUUUGCCUUUUUAUAUUAAUUUGUGCAUUACAACCAAAAAUUAUACGUUAUUUUCAUCGAAAAACAAAUAAAACAUAUUAUAUUACAUCUUCGAAAAAAGAAAACGAAAUUCAAAAUGAUUUCAAUAUGAAUAAUUUUGAUUUAACUACUAAAUCCAUAUCAGAUGACUUAGAUAAACGAGCGUAUUUAAAAAUAUUAGAACGAAGUGUUAGAACAGGACGACGAAUACAAGAUGAAAAAGACAAUAAAAAUCAUACUACUACUACUACUACUAAUAAUAAUAAUAAUAAUCCUCAUCUAGAUUUAUUUUAUUUUCCUGGUCAAUGUAUGAAUAAAAAUUCAUCUUCAACAAUAACUAAUAUAUCAAGAAGUAUAGAAAUUUGA